AUGGCACCACUUACGCCCCAUUGGACUCAGCCGUCCCACCCGGAAAUUCAGGAGGUCGUCAAGGCCAGUGAGACUGAGUUCCUCACAAAGAGCUUCUCCAAGGUCGCUCUGCCGCCCUUCGCCGUCUUCGCAAAGAUGUCGUUCCCGCCAUGCGACAUGGCCGAUGAACCCACAUAUGCCACCGUCCAGUGCGGCAAGGACAAGCACCUUAACCUCAACAGCGAUCUUCUCUACAUCAACCACUCAUGUGAACCGUCUCUUAUCUUUGACACGGGCAACUUCAACGUCCUGGCUGGCCCGAAAGGACUCCAGCCCGGUGACGAACUGACUUUCUUCUACCCCUCGACCGAGUGGCACAUGGCGCAGCCCUUUGAUUGCUUCUGCAGCACCCCCACAUGCCGCGGAAGGAUCGCCGGUGCACGCGACAUGCCCCGUGCUCAGCUCGAGGGACUCUGGCUCAACGGCCACAUCCGGGAGCUCCUUGAGGAGCGUGACGCGGGUCGAUCUGAGAACGACGACCCAACUGCCCGGGCGCUGAGAGACGCGCUAAAGGCCGCCGAGCGCGUCGUCGAGGCAGCUCGCUCCGCCCUCAGGACCUACACCGAGUCUUCAUCCGCCGGCGGCAGCGGCCAGCACCAGCUGUCGCAGUCCAUCAAGAACGGCGUCAACGGCGGCAAGGUCAAUGGCAGCCGGAACGGCGCUAGUGCCAGGGAGCUUGGAGGCGAGAUGGGCGGUGACACGAUCCGUCCUGCCUAG